CGCAUCUCUAGAACGAACCAGCGCGCUAAAAAUGAACACUUGUUGACAGAAUCACUCAUAAGUUUUAUUGUUUGGAAAAUUUGGCUGGCAAUUGGUUUAAUUGAAUGACAAGAUGGUCUUCAAGUGCCAGGAGGAUAGCUUCCUGAAGCAGUUCAAGACAAAAAUUGUCAGCAGCGAAUUUGCCACUCUCGACUGGACCAAUUCCGAUGGCCAAGUGCAGACACUCAAGGGCUUUAAUGUGAUCUGUGAGGACACCAUCCUGUUUCCCGAAGGCGGCGGCCAGCCCUGCGACUAUGGCACCUUGGAUGGCUUCUCUGUGAGAAAUGUCCAGCGAAAGGGAACCACGGCCGUACAUUUUGUAGAAUCGGCGCAGAGCUUCGAUGCGGGAAUGGAGGUACUGCUUAUCCUGGAUUUCCAGCGGCGGCUGGACCAUAUGCAGCAGCACUCAGGCCAGCAUCUUAUUACGGCUCUCUUCGAUCGAGAGUUCAAAUACGACACCACCUCCUGGUCCCUGGGAAGCAGCACAUCUUACAUCCAGCUGAACACGCCUCAUCUGAUCAGUCGCGAGUCCCUGGACCUCAUUGAACGCCAAGCCAAUGACCUAAUACGCGAGGGACGCGAGGUAUCAGUGCUUCUGGUGGAUCCGGAGGUGGCACAGGAGUUCCAAGACGCCAGGGCGCCCAGGGGCUUGCCCAAAGAUCACGAGGGCCUCGCCAGAGUCGUGCGUAUCGAAGGCAUUGAGAGCAACAUGUGCUGCGGCACCCACGUCACAAAUCUCUCCCAGCUGCAGUGUGUCAAGCUCCUUUACGCGGAGAAGGUCAAGACUAAUAUCAAUGUACAUUUUGUGGUCGGCGAAAGGGUCCUCACCAAGCUAGGCGAGGUCUUCCACCGCGAACAGCAGCUCACCCAGGCCCUGAAAGGUGGUCCAGCACAGCACCUGGAUCUGCUUCAGAAGCUGCAGCAGAAUGUGAAGAGCACCCGGAAAUCGUUUCAGCAGCUACUCAAGGAUUUCGCCACCGCUGAGGCCGAACGGCUGGAGGAUUUGCCAAAGAAAGAGCGUCCCAAGUACUUUUGCCUUCACCGGCGUGAUGGCAUCGAGGUGGACUUCAUUAAUACGUUCCUGCGACUGGCUCCCGAGGAGAUUUUCUACUUUCUGACCGUCUCUGAGGGCGUGUCCGCCGGCAGCAGUGCCAAAGGUCAUAUGGUGUUGCGCGGUGAUCCCGAAAUUGUCCAACAACUGGGACCACAGUUCCUUGAUCUGCUCGAGGGCAAGGGCAAUGGCAAGGAGGGCAGCUUCCAGGGCAAGAUCAACAAUCUGGCCAAGCUGCAGGAUUGCCAAGAGCUAUUGGAGGCGCAAUUUAAGCCAAAGAAGAUCGUGGAAGCAGCAGCAGCAACACAGCCAGCUAGUGCGUCCUAAAACGGAGCACAAUCCAAGACAAAGGGAGUUGUUAGUGCCUGUUCCAAGAACCAAACAGAGUCUUUGUAUGAUAUUACAUUAUAAAUGUUAGCAGAAAAUGCUAAAUGCGUAACA